AUGCCUAUUAUCACAUUGCCAAAUGGCGAUCAAAAAAGUUUUGAUCAAGCCGUUUCCGUUAUGGAAGUUGCUCAAAGUAUUGGACCUGGACUAGCUAAAAAUACAGUUGCUGGGAAAGUAAAUGGUCGCUUAGUCGAUGCAAGUGAUUUAAUUACCGAAGACUCAACCUUACAAAUCAUCACUCCAAAAGAUCAAGACGGUGUAGAAAUUAUUCGUCACUCUUGUGCACACUUGGUGGGUCAUGCGGUAAAACAACUCUUCCCUGAAGCAAAAAUGGUGAUUGGCCCUGUCAUUGAAGAAGGUUUCUACUAUGACAUCUGGAUGCCUCGUCCAUUUACUUUAGAUGAUAUGGCUGCAAUCGAAGCGCGUAUGAAAAAGCUCAUCGAUCAAGAUUAUGACGUCAUUAAAAAAAUGACACCUCGUGAUGAUGUGAUUGCUGAGUUCACUGCACGUGGUGAAGAUUAUAAGUUACGUUUGAUUGCUGACAUGCCUGAAGAAACUCAAAUGGGCUUGUACUAUCAUCAAGAUUAUUUAGAUAUGUGUCGUGGUCCACACGUACCGAAUACUAAAUUUUUAAAGUCAUUCAAAUUGACUAAAAUCUCUGGCGCUUACUGGCGCGGUGAUGCCAAGAAUGAACAAUUACAGCGUAUUUAUGGUACUGCUUGGGCAGACAAAAAAGAAUUAGCAGCAUAUAUCAAGCGUAUUGAAGAAGCUGAAAAGCGUGACCAUCGUAAAAUUGGUAAAGCUUUAGAUUUGUUCCAUAUGCAAGAAGAAGCACCAGGUAUGGUGUUUUGGCAUGCCAAUGGUUGGACGAUCUACCAAGUGCUUGAACAAUACAUGCGUAAAGUUCAACAGGACAACGGCUACCAAGAGAUUAAAACACCACAAAUUGUAGACUUCACUUUGUGGGAAAAAUCGGGUCAUGCUGCCAACUAUGCAGAAAAUAUGUUUACGACACAUUCAGAAAGUCGUAACUAUGCGGUAAAACCAAUGAACUGCCCAUGUCACGUUCAAGUGUUUAACCAAGGUUUAAAAUCUUAUCGUGAUCUUCCAAUUCGUUUGGCAGAGUUUGGUUCAUGCCAUCGUAAUGAGCCAUCAGGUUCGUUACACGGGAUUAUGCGUGUACGUGGCUUUACUCAAGAUGAUGCACAUAUUUUCUGUACAACUGAACAAAUUGGUAAAGAAGUUGCAGACUUUAUUAAACUGACUUUAGAUGUUUAUAAAGAUUUUGGCUUUGAAGAAGUUCAAAUGAAAUUGUCUACACGUCCUGAAAAACGUGUGGGUGCUGAUGAACUUUGGGAUGUUGCAGAAAAAUCUUUAGCAGAUGCUUUAGAUGCUGCAAAUCUUAAAUGGGAAGAACAACCUGGAGAAGGUGCUUUCUACGGUCCGAAGAUUGAAUUUUCAUUAAAAGACUGUUUAGGACGUAUCUGGCAGUGCGGUACAAUUCAGUGUGAUUUUAACUUACCGUUACGUUUAGACGCUUCAUAUGUAACAGAAGAUAACGAUCGUGACCAUCCUGUGAUGUUACAUCGUGCAAUUCUUGGCAGUUUUGAACGUUUUAUUGGUAUACUAAUUGAACACUACGCAGGCUUUAUGCCACCAUGGUUGGCUCCAAUCCAAACAUGUGUCAUGAAUAUUACGGAUUCUCAAGCGGAAGCUUGUGAGCAAGUCGUCGCAAAACUCAAAGAAAAUGGAAUUCGAGCAAUUUCAGACUUGAGAAAUGAGAAAAUCGGCUUUAAGAUUCGUGAGCGUACACUAGAGCGUAUUCCAUACCUAUUGGUACUUGGAGAUCGAGAAGUAGAGGAAGGGACUGUGAAUGUUCGUACUCGCUCUGGAAAAAAUUUAGGUACUAUGUCAAUAGACGCAUUUAUUGACCUAGUGAAAGCAGCCGUAGCCGAACGCGGCCGAAAGAUUAAACAGCCUGACCGUAACCAACAACAAGGUGCUAAAAGUAAUCGUCCUGCAUUAAAUGAUGAGAUCAAAGCGAAAGAUGUGCGUCUCGUUGCUGCAGAUGGAGAGCAAAAAGGCAUCGUUUCACUUGCUGAAGCUUUGCGUGCUGCUGAAGAAGUUGAUCUUGAUCUUGUUGAGAUCGUGGCGAAUGCAGAGCCACCUGUUUGUAAAAUCAUGGAUUUCAACAAACAUUUAUUUGACUUGAAGCAAAAGCAAAAAGAUGCGAAAAAGAAACAGCAUCAAGUUCAAGUGAAAGAAAUUAAGUUGCGCCCUGGUACAGACGUUGGUGAUUACAAUGUUAAGUUGCGUGCUAUUCUGAAGUUUCUUGAAGAAGGCAACAAAGUCAAAAUUACUCUACGUUUCCGUGGUCGUGAAAUGGCUCACCAACAGUUGGGUCUUGCACAAUUGCAAAAAAUUGAAGCAGACGUAGCAGAGUUUGGUAUUGUUGAACAAGCACCAAAAAUGGAAGGCCGUCAAAUGGGUAUGUUACUUGGACCUAAAAAGAAAAAGUAA